UAAAAAUGUCUCAGAGCAACCGGGAACUAGUGGUUGACUUUCUCUCUUACAAGCUUUCCCAGAAAGGAUACAGCUGGAGUCCGUUUAGUGGUAUGAAAGAAAACAGAACUGAGACCCCAGAAGGGAGAGAGUCAGAUAUGGAAACCCCCAGUGCCAUCAGUGGCAACCCAUCCUGGCACCUGGCAGAUAGCCCCGCAGUGAAUGGAGCCACUGGCCACAGCAGAAGCUUGGACGCCCGGAAAAUGAUCCCCAUGACAACAGUAAAGCAAGCCCUGAGGGAGGCAAGCAAUGAGUUUAAACUGAGGUGCCAACAGACAUUCAACGACCUGACGUCCCAGCUCCACAUCACCCCAGGGACAGCAUAUCAAAGCUUUGAACAGGACACUUUUGUGGAACUCUAUGAAAACAAUACAACAACCGAGAGCCAAAAGGGCCAACAGCGCUUCACCUGCUGGUCCCUGACGGACACGACUGUGGCUGGUAUGGUUCUGCAGGGCUUGCUCUUCAACUCAUAGUAACUAUUCGUUUCAUUACAGUCAUUCAUAUUUUAUACAAGCUUAUGUUCCUCUUCCUUCUGUUAUAGCUAUAGAGAACUUACAAUUUAAUAAGACUCUACGUUUUGUGACUUACAUAGAUUACAGAUUGUAUACUUGUUUUAA